UCUGGCAGCAGCUGCUCACAAAUGUGAGCUCAAGGAUCACAAAUGCUUUGUGUGCAGGGAAUGUCUUGAGUGCCUGGCCCAAAAAAAAAAUUGCUCCAGAAGCCCCUGGAGAGCGCCAUGGACCGGGCUGAGCAGCUCCCUGCGGGCAGGAGGAGAAGCUCCCGGUGCCUGGAGCAGAAGAGCAGCAGGGGCUGCAGGACCACGCUGGGGUUUCUCUGUCUGUUCCCCGUGCUGGCUUUGCUGGCAGCUGUGGAAUUCCCAGCUGGAGCUGCAGUUCAGGAAAUUCAGGAAGAUGUGCCAGGCCCAGCUGUGCCCAGCCCAGCCCCUGCCCAGCGCAGCCGGCGCUACACCCUGACCCCGGGCCACCUCAGGUGGGACCACUUCAACCUCACCUACAAGAUCCUGUCCUUCCCCAGGAACCUCCUGAGCCCCAGGGCCACGCGCCGCGGGCUGGCGGCCGCGUUCCGCAUGUGGAGCGAGGUGUCCCCGUUCAGCUUCAGGGAGGUGCCCAGGCACCUGCCCAGCGACCUCAAAAUCGGUUUCUACUCCAUCAACCACACAGACUGCCUGGAGUCCCUGACCCACCACUGCUUCGAUGGCACCACGGGGGAGCUGGCCCACGCCUUCUUCCCACCCCACGGGGAAAUCCACUUUGAUGACCACGAGUAUUGGAUCCUGGGCAACACCAGGUUCAGCUGGAAGAAAGGAGUGUGGCUGACUGACCUGGUGCACGUGGCUGCCCACGAGAUCGGGCACGCCCUGGGCCUCAUGCACUCGCUGAACCCCAGCGCGCUCAUGCACAUCAACGCCACCCUGACGGGCAGGAAGAGCAUCUCCCAGGACGAGGUGUGGGGAAUCCACAGGCUCUACGGCUGCAAGGACAGGUUAUUCAUGUGCCCAGCGUGGGCUAAAAAAGGAUUCUGUGAGGAGCGCAGGAAGCUGAUGAAGAAGCACUGCCCGGCCACCUGCGACUUCUGCUACGAAUUCCCAUUUCCAACGGUGCCCCCCACUCUGCCCCCACCAAGGACCAAAACCAAGACAGUUUCUGAGGGCAGGAACGUCACCUUCCGCUGCGGGCAGAAAAUCAUCCACAAAAAAGGCAAAGUCCACUGGUAUAAAGAUAAGGAACUUCUGGAAUAUUCCUACCCAGGUUAUUUAUCCCUCAGUGAGGAUCACAUGAGCAUCAUUGCCAAUGCAAUUAAUGAAGGAACUUACACUUGCAUAGUGAAGAAAAAAGAAAGAAUCCUGACUACUUAUUCCUGGAGAAUCAGACUGAAGCACUGAGCCAGCCCUGGAUUCAGCUCCUGCUCCUGUUUCCAGCUGGUUUUUUGGCAUUUUAGAUUUAAUCUCCAAUAGUGCAACUGAAUUCUUCAUGAGCUGCUUUGGUACCUUGGGCUAAAGAGACUCUGGGACUGGUUAUGGAAAAUCAAACUCCUCCGGAUUCCUUUGAAUGAUAAAGAAUUUAUCAACUAUUUGCUGUACAGAGAAUUAAAAACCUUUUUUUUUUGUAUGGAAAGUGUCAGAUGGAGCUGUGUGAACUGCUGCAAACCAGGAGCAGACUGUGCCCCAGCCCCUGGGACAGGGGGAUGGCAGGAAAAGGACAAGUUUAACACUCUGAGUGUUUUCCUGCCAUUUUUACAGAAGAAAUUACACUGCUAAGCUUUAAUAUUACUUUUCUGUCACUUGUCAGGAGGAUGAGGGUCCCACAAACCCUAUUUUGCUCAUUCCAGCACAUUCAGGGAUCCACAGAACAAUUCUUUCCCCCCAAGUGGAUUCCUGUGGUUCAAGGGUUUUCCUCUUAUCCCAAGAGGCAUUUCUUGCUCAGAGUUUGAUCCUUGAGGGGUCUGAGCUGCUCAGAGUUUGGUCCUUGAGGGAUUUGAACUGCCCAGUUUUGUAAUUAAGGGGUCUGCAUUUCUCAGUUUGGUUCUUGAGGGGUCUGAGCUGCUCAGUCUGGUAAUUAAGGGGUCAAAGAUGCUCAGUUUGGUAAUUAAGGGGUCUGUGCUGCUCAGAGUUUGGUCCUUGAGGGGUCUGAGGUGCUUAGUUUGGUUCUUGAAGAGUCUGCACUGCUCAGUUUGGUAAUUAAGGGUGUGCAGUGCCCAGUUUGGUAUUUAAGGGGUCUGCGCUGCUCAGUUUGGUAAUUAGGAGUCUGCAUUGCUCAGUUUGGUAAUUAGGGGUGUGCAUUGCCCAGUUUGGUAAUUAGGGGGUCUGAGCUGCUCAGAGUUUGGUCCUUGAGGGGACUGAGGUGCUCAGUUUGGUUCUUGAAGGGUCUGCACUGCUCAGUUUGGUAAUUAAGGGUGUGCAGUGCCCAGUUUGGUAUUUAAGGGGUCUGCACUGCUCAGUUUGGUAAUUAAGGGUGUGCAGUGCCCAGUUUGGUAUUUAAGGGGUCUGCAUUUCUCAGUUUGGUAAUUAAGGGGUCUGAGCUGCUCUGAGUUUGGUCCUUGAGGGGUCUACACUGCUCAGUUUGGUGCUCUCUUUGGGUCAGAGCCUUGAGCCCAGUGGGAUUGGGGUGAUUUCCUCCCUCAGGAGGAGGUGACAGUGCCCCAUCCAGCUGGAGAGGAGCUGGGGGCAGGGAAGCUGGGAACAGUUCCUUGUCACGGCCAAACUAUGCACUGGGGUCAUGCUUUAAUCCUGUACAGCUUCCCUGCACUCCUGGGUUCCUGGGGAAGCUUCUGGAAUCAGGAAUGUUCAGCUGUUUCUCCUUCAGGCUGAGGGGAACAGGGAGUUUUGUUUUCCCCCACAGGAAAACAUCCAGGCUGCUUUUCCCAGCUCACCACAACUGCAGCUGAGCCACGUUCCAGCCCCACAGCCCUUCCCCAGCAGAACUCUCCAAACUGGACUGAAACUGAUAAAAUGUUUAGGAUUGGAGUGAAUCCCUUACUGGCCUGGUGCCCAGCUGUGGUUGCAGGAAAAUGUGGUUUUCCAGAUCUCCCUGUUCCUAAAACAAAGUGACAGCUUCACUAAUCAGGGGCUCCAGAGGAUGAGAUUCCAACAGGAUUGCUCCUCUCCUCUUUCCCCAGAAAGGAUUGGAAUGUGGCCUUGCACAACCACUAAAGCUGAGUUCUUCUCUGGAUGGAAAAAGGGCAUAUAUAAAAAAAAACCUUCACAGAAAAUGAAGUUUUGAGUCUCCAUAUUAAAUCUUUUUGAUUUAUAAAACAAUAGAGUAAUUUGUUUUGCACCACUAUAAAUACAUUUACAAAACAAACAAAAAAAUCUGGUCAGGGAGUAUCAAACCCAGCCCAGCUCUCUCCAAGGAUACAAACCUCAUAAUUGUCAUUUUUCUUUUUGCCCCAAAUAUAUUCAGACACAAACAAUUUAUUACUUAAAAUAAAAAAUAAACUCUCUUUACUGUCACCAAUAUCCCACUUUGCUGCAUGUGAAGCAAUGAAAUCCUUCACACUGUUAAACAAUUGAAAAUGUAUUUUAAUUCUACAAAUUUACAAGGAAAAAAAAAAAAAAAAACAAACUCAACAACAACAAAAAAACUAAAAACAAACCAGAAACUGUU